AUGGAUAACGAUGAAAAUGCAAAAAUUAUUUUUAGAGAUCACAAUAUUUUUAAAGGAAAUUCAGAUACAGUUGAAAGUACUAAUUUUAAAAUAUAUAAUAAUAAAGAACUUCGCAAAGAGGUAAGUGCCCAUAAUAUCAUUCAAUGGCCGGACGAAAAAGAAUUUAAUAAUAGCGAUAUUGCCAAGCAUGUAACAGAAGAUCAAAUUCAUGCAGCGCCUACAGUCGAUCAAUUUGUUUUCCAAUUUCCUGCAAUAGACAAGGCACAUAAAUUAAAUAAUGAAAUUAAUGCAUCUCAAUCUUCGCCUAUACCUGCAAUAGAUAAUAAUAAUUUUAACAAUAACUCAACGAACAACACUGUACUUUAUAACGACAAGGUGACAUUUGCUUUGUACUAUAAGGAGAAACUUUCAGAAAAUGUAUGUACUUAUAUGAAGAAGAGUGACUGUUACCAGAAUAAAGGAGCUUUAAAUGUUGACAUGAAAGAUGAAAAGAAAUAUACACUCAAUAGGCAGUUAAUAUGUUGUAUCUUACCAAUCAAAAACAACGAAAAUGUAGUCCAAAGUAAUAAAGUAUCGUUCCCUGAAGUAACGAAAAAUUUAAGACGAUUCAAGAGAUCUAAAAGCACUGCUCUAGGUAAGGGCAAUAUUUUGUUGUUUCACAACUAUUCAAAUAAAAAACAAAAAACAAAGCAACCAGCCAUGACUACCGAUGAGGACUACGAAUACGAGGACCCUUACGUGAACAUAAAAAAUCAUAAAAGUCCACACAACCGCAAACAAGAAUCAAUGACAAAGCACGACAAUUCUGAUGAAUAUCCUGACGAUUACGCUGUUGAGAUACCCGCACCGGGAUUAACCGGACUAUAUUCUGACAUACACGAAAUUAAAGACAACCCAUACAAUGUGCAACACAUUGCUACACCUGAUUACGAAGAUGAAGACCGUACCGACUCACUUGGUUAUGCUACAGUCAAUCCGCGAAUCGGCUAUAAUAAAAAGAGAAAGUCACCAUACAACAAGCCUUUAAAACUCACAACAAACUCAGAUGAGAUAUACGAUAUAGAUAGUCAAACUAUCAGUUACCAUUCCGAACCAAACUUUAAUGUAUUACAAGAUUUCAAACUGCCUAAUUUAACAAGAAAGAAGGUAAUCAAAACAACAAGAUCCACUACCACAGAAAGCUUUUCAAAUGACCAUAUCGAGGAUGUUAAUAAAAAUGAAGAAUCUGAUAACAUUGCUGCUUUGACUGUUAAUACCAAUAAUGUAUGCGACCAUCGACAGAUAUUUAAAGACUGUGGUAGAACCUUUAACCCAAUUACAAUGCAAAACAAAGAAAUGGGAGAUACAGAGAAGGCUUCGCACCCGUGGCUGGCAAUAUUAGUACCGACUCAUAAAGAGAAUAAGUUAAUAUGCUAUGCCUCCCUUAUUCAUCCAAGAGCUGCAAUUACAGCAGGUGAUUGUGUUCACAGAACUGCCCCAGGAGAAAUCACUCUGAUAGCCGCACUUUGGAAUCUCAGUGAAAGGUCGAGGUCAGGAAAACGAGUCGUAAUCCCACUUUUACACCCCCAAUAUAAAAGUGAUGACUUAAAUAAUAACUUGGCUUUAGUGCAUUGGAAGAAACCAUUAAAAUUAGGAGCGACCGUGAUACCAAUUUGCCUUGCAAGUCCAAAGUUUGAUGAUGAAUGCAUGUUCGUCGGUUGGGGAGGCUUUGACCAACCAAUACGUACUCAAUCUCGGUGGCAACGAGCAACAAUCCAAAACUGCAAAGAUCAUUCUUCACUUGCUGGAAUACCGAUACCAAUUAACGCAUUUUGCGCAUCCGUUGAGACACGAAGCACAGUGACAGGUAUUGGUGGCUCACUAGUAUGCAAAACCGAUGGCCAUUUGUCAGCGGUUGGAGUAGCCGUAUCAAGAGACAGCACCCUCAUAUUAUUGCCUAUGUACAACUGGUUAACUUCACCACACAUCGGCACUUUUAUCGGCUUCCCAGAUAAGUGA